UCGUCAUUUCCUCAAUUGCGAAAGAAGGGCCUGGCGAGAUCGUUGAAGAAGCCUGUCCAAAGAGUAAACAUAUUUCAUCAAUAAUAUAGGAUACGCCUCAAUAGACAGUGUUAUCGUAUUUGUUGUGGGGAGAAGCUUUAAACAAUUUACCCACAGCAAUGUCGGCCCAAGCUCAAAUGAGAGCUUUGCUCGAUCAACUAAUGGGGACUGCGAGGGAUGGGGAUGAGACGCGGCAGAGGGUCAAAUUCACUGAUGAGCGGGUCUGCAAAAGCCAUCUCCUGAACUGCUGUCCCCACGACAUCCUCUCCGGAACUCGUAUGGAUCUAGGAGAAUGUGCAAAGACCCACGACCUGGCACUCCGGGCCGACUAUGAAAUUGCCUCCAAGGAGAGAGACCUCUUCUUCGAGCUUGACGCUGUGGAUCAUCUGGAGUCCUUCAUCGCCGAUUGCGACCGGAGAACAGAGUUGGCCAAGAAACGACUGGUUGAGACCCAAGACGAGAUCAGUGCGGAGGUGGCUGAAAAGGCAGAGACGGUCCACGAGCUGAACGAGGAGAUCGGGAAGCUCCUGGCCAAGGCAGAGCAGCUGGGUGCCGAGGGGAAUGUGGACGAGGCCCAGAAGGUCCUACAGGAAGUGGAGAAGGUUCGCAGCAGAAAGAGGGACGCUGAGGAGGAGUACAGAAACUCCAUGCCUGCCUCCAGUUUCCAGCAGCAGAAGCUUCGUGUCUGCGAGGUGUGCUCGGCCUACCUGGGUCUCCACGACAACGACCGUCGCCUGGCCGACCACUUUGGUGGGAAGCUGCACCUGGGCUUCAUCCAGAUCAGGGAGAAACUGGAAGCCCUGAAGAAAACCGUCCUUGAAAAGCAGGAGAAGAGGAACCAGGAUCGUCUGAAGAGGAGAGAGGAGAGAGAGAAGGAGGAGAGGAUGAAGAAGAGGACCAAAUCACGGAGCAGGGAAAGGAGCAGGGAACAUAGAAGGUCCAGCUCUCGCGACCGUAGGAGACGGCGUUCGCGUUCCUCGUCUCGGGAGAGGCGGCGUUCCUCCCGCUCUCGCUCCAGGGACCGGGAGAGGAGGAGACGCCACCGCAGCCGGUCCCGCAGCAAGGGCUGCCGCCACAGCCACGAGCCCAGCUCCAGACACAAGUCAUCCAGGGAUCGAGAGCGCUCCUCCAGAGACCGUUCACGGGAGCGAAGCAGGAAGAGGGGAUCCUCGGAGCGGCGGCAGGACAGCAGGGAUCAGAACGGGAGGACCGACUCACGCCGGGUUGAGGACAGGGAUAGAGACCUUUGACCUCUCUCGCUGUCUCCAUCCUCAACACACAACCUCCUUUUGUCUCUCUCUUUCAUAUCUGUCCAUACAUCUAUUUGAACUCUCCUUGUAUGAAUCCUCCCUCCAUUCCCUUAUCAGAAUUGUCCAGAGAUGUUUUGCUUUGACCGAUAUUCCAGCCAACCCACUGUCCCAAAUACAUAGCGCUUAUAUGACCACAGAAGUAUAUACAGGUAACUGCCAAAAUAAAGGAAACACUUGAGUAAAUAAAAGCAGGUGCCUCCACACGUGUGGUUCCUG